AUGUCUGUUCCUAGAAACCUCAAAUCCCUGUUUCUCCUUUUCGUACGGCUCCGAUUCGACAGCCUCGUUACAAUAUCGGCUGCUCCACGCUUGGCGGGAUCGAAUCAAGUCACGAACCUCGAUCUCAAAACUUCCACGUUCAAUAAGGCCAUGCUAAAUCCUGCGUCGAAAAGCGCCGAUGGUCUGAAACCAGAAUCCACUUUAAGCCCCAUUACUCCCCGUUCUCCGAGAUCCUCACCAUCAUCGCCGCGGUCAAUCAGAGAUGAACCAACUAUACGGCCAGUCACCUCGCGAUCGAGGACACGCUCUAUGAAUGCACCACUUUCUCCAAAUGAACCAGAGCCACCCACCCCGAGUUUCACUGCGAUGCCUCAGUACCCACCAUCACCAAAAGACAAUGCGAAACACAAUCGCGAUCCUUCACGUUCUUUCUUUGCCAAUCUGAAAGCUUCUAGGUCAUCCCAUAAGAUUACCAAUUCUGACAGUUCAGGUCUCUCAGCGGAACCGCCGUCCAAAAGCCGUGGAAGCUCUCGUGAUCGGUCCUAUCCAAUGUUACGGAGAAAUGGAUCAACUCCUGAUCUUCUAGAAGCCGCUUCUCGACAAGACAAGGAGAGAUCCGAGGGUUUUCAAAACGAGCAAUCCAGUCGACAAGGUAUGAGUGACAUUCGCAACGGUGCAGAACAACAGGCUCGAGGUCCGCCACAAAAGAAGAGCAAGCCACGGUUCGGAAAUUUACUCUCACGAACUCGCUCCGUCAGGGUAGAUGAUAAGUCUGCCCCUAGAAGUGCAGGGCUGCGCCGUCCUUCCAAUGCAACUCUGCUCAAGGUCUCUGAAAGCCAGGAGGAGAUAUCCGGACCUCCCAGAACCGCACCCAUGCGAUCGGAUAAAGACACUUACGAAACGUCCAACUCGAAUGCAAAUAACCGACCGCCUGAUCGACCAGUUGAGGGCCGGCCCCAGACCAGUCGCAGAGAGAAAAAUCCGUCGCUGGCGCCAUCCAGCUCGUUCAUGCAAGUAUCAGGAGCAUCAACCUUUCUGUUUAACAAUAUCAAGCAUACAUCGAGUGGAGCUGCAGAUCGACUAGGUAAGGCUGGAAAGGGAUUUUUUGGCAAAAUCACAAGAAGCGGAAGUACAAAUGAGCGGGAAGUUGUCCUGGAUGACAACUAUGUGUGUACUGUUAUUAACCUCCCUCUUGUGGAACAAACUCGAAAAACACGAAUCUCAAAGCGGCUGGAAGACUGUAAGGACAAGACCGAAUACUGGAUGCCCGCGCUGCCCUAUCGCUGUAUCGACUAUUUGAACUAUAAAGGAUGUGAAGAGGAGGGAUUAUAUAGGGUUCCUGGAAGUGGGAAAGAAGUCAAACAUUGGCAGCGCCGAUUUGACACGGAGGGUGACAUCAAUCUAUUCGAUGAACCAGACUUGUACGAUAUCAACACGAUUGGAUCUAUGUUUAAGGCGUGGCUGCGAGAACUACCGGAUGAGCUUCUACCAAAAGCAACUCAGCAAAUGAUCGCGGAGAAGUGCGAAGGUGCAACGACGGCACCACAGCUGCUUAAAGACGAACUGUCUAAACUUCCACCAUACAACUACUAUCUCCUUUUUGCAAUAACGUGCCACCUGAAUCUACUACAUUCGUAUGUGGAGCAGAACAAGAUGAAUUAUCAGAAUCUAUGCAUUUGUUUCCAGCCAUGCAUGAAAAUCGACGGAUUCUGCUUUCAGUUUCUAGUCUGUGACUGGAAGAACUGUUGGCAGGGUUGUUGGACAGAAAAGGAAUGGGUGCAGGAUGAAAAGGAAGCUCAGGAGAGGGCCGCCAAGGAGGCUCAGGAGACGAAACCCAAUGGAAAACCCACCAACACUACUAAUGGUCGUAACGGCACCACCAUUCCAGAUUUCUCACAACGGAGAACUGAUUUUCCUGAAUCCUCGUCAGCUGCCGAGGAGCGUGCGAUUUCAUCGUCGGGGAGUAGCCAGCCAGAUCACGAUCAACCAAUACCCAAUCCAGCAGCGACAGCACGAAAAACGCGACCUGCUAACCUGGAGGACACGAAAAACCAUCGACAGAGCAUGUCUCAACUGCCAGAGUUGGGACCUCCUCUUUCACCCAUCAAAAUUUAGUCGACUAUCAUCAGACAUGUCCCAAUUGGCACCUCUUGACACUCUGGAAACAGCAGAUCCGACGCAUCACAUCAAUCUUUACCAUUUCAUCUAUUGCUGUACCUAUUUUUUACCGACACUAGUUUGGAUUUCUACUUGUUUCUUUUUUUUUUUUUUUUCAGCCUGCUCUGUCGUCACAAUCUUUUCAUUCCUCGGUCUGUUAUUUGUUUAACCAACGGAGCAUACAAUGGCGUAUAGCGAGUCCUCAAUUUGGCGAAUGCUUCUAUUGUCUCUGUCCUUUUUGCCCGUCUCUCGUCUUUCGGUUUAGCCACACUUCUGGAAUGAUGUCUCUCUUUUUGUCUCAUUUUCUCCCUCUAUUGGCGUUAACUGCGUUGGUUCGUUUUCUUCUUGCUCCAUUUGCAUGUUGUUGUUUCUAUGGUAGAUAGAUACACGCGCCUCGUUUUCUCUGUGGAGAAGGAGAAUUUAAAAUCUUUUUGGUUUUG